AUGAAAGAAGAAAGAGAAACAGCCAGCCACACCGGGAACACUGUGGAGGACUUCAACAAAUCAGCAAGGUCAGAAAACCUCCCGUCAAGAGGCAUUUACAUUGCUGACAACAAUGAAGCAGAGAAUGUAGUGACCUACCAGGUAGAGGAUACCUGCCGUGAAGAAGCAUCUGUGAAUGCUUAUGAAUGUGGAGAAGACGUGGACGACGUUACAGAGAACGACAAUGCAACGGACACCGACAUUGAUGGUACUCAGCCAGAGAAUGUCCUCAACCAACUGGAAGAUGAUGCCGAAUCGGUACAUGACGUCUGGCCGUGUAUCAGUCCGUAUGCAGUCGCAUACAGUCAGUAUGGCCUCACCGCAGCUGACAGGACUGACCAAAGACGACAUGACGACAUUUAUCAACCAUAUGCUGUUGUAUAUGAGGAACAGGAUGGCCCCACCGCUGACCAAGCAUCAACCAGCCGGCGUCGGUCCGUUCCCAAUGCCCAAGGUGUCAGCACCAACGCAGCGUUUCCAAGUACCAGCUCUGACGCUGAUGGCGACAGGAAGGAUGGGUUAACUUCCAACCCAAUGUACGUCCCAAAUGUGCCACAACCAAAGGUGGCUGGAGGGGUAGGAGACAAAGAGAGUGAACCACCAAUGAGAGUUGCGUUUGGUGACACUGGAAAGGCACCGGGAGAAUUCUGUGGGCCAAACGGCGUUGUUGUGUCACCGAGAAACGAGAUUUUUGUCACUGACAAGCACAACAGGCGGGUCCAAGUGUUCAGCAUGAAGGGCGCCUACCUUCGCCAGUUUCCCACCGUCGUGUCAGAGAACCAGCUCGACACGAUGAAGCCAGAGUGCAUUGCCAUCGACGCGGACUGCCACCUCUGGGUGGUCGGGAAAAACAACUCGUCCUACGCGUAUGUCGUUCAGUACACGAAAACUGGACAUCGCACAAGAACAAUACAACCUUCAUUCCCAAACAAUACGUUCCAUGGCGUUGCCGUGAACGCACAUCGCAAGCAUGUCAUAGUAGCUGAAACCUGGAAAUACUAUGACACAAUCAAGGUUCUGCUGUUCAAUGGCACGGUUGUCCGGACGUUUGGGAAGUUCAAUAGAUACAUGCCAAUACGCAUUGCCACAGACACGCAGGGAAACAUUUUAGUGUCCGACUGGGACAGGGGACCCCACGUGCGUGUCUAUAACGAAACCGGGCAGUAUCUGUUCAGCAUCGGCAGGAAAGGACAGGAUUCUCCGUUUUGGCCGGUUGUUUCUCCGGUUGCUGGCAUGUGUGUGGAUAAGUUAGGACAGUUCAUCAUUGCCUUUGGGGACGACGGGAGCUGUGCACUGUUCUCAUGUGUGGAGCUGUACUCACCUCGCGGGGAGCACGUGCGUCCCAUCGCGACCAACCUGACCAGUGCGUACGGCGUUGCCGUGGGUCCGGACGGGCAGCUGGUAGUCGCCAGCUGGAGCGAUGACAUGGUAGUCGUCUUGCCAGACUACUAG